AUGCAGCACAUUUUUGCCUUCUUCUGCACCAGUUUCCUAGGGGCAGUGUUAGGGGCCAAUUUCCCCAACAAUAUCCAGAUAGGGGGGUUAUUUCCUAAUCAACAGUCCCAGGAACAUGCGGCUUUUAGGUUUGCGCUGUCUCAGCUCACGGAACCCCCUAAGCUCCUUCCCCAGAUCGACAUUGUGAACAUUAGCGACAGCUUUGAAAUGACAUACACCUUCUGCUCACAGUUCUCCAAGGGCGUCUAUGCCAUCUUUGGUUUUUAUGAGAGGAGAACUGUCAACAUGCUCACGUCUUUCUGCGGGGCUCUCCACGUCUGCUUCAUAACACCCAGCUUCCCUGUCGAAACGUCCAACCAGUUUGUUCUCCAGCUUCGCCCAGAGCUCCAGGAUGCCCUCAUCAGUGUCAUCGAACACUACAGCUGGCAGAAGUUUGUGUACAUUUAUGACGCUGACCGGGGAUUGUCAGUCCUACAGAAAGUGCUGGACACUGCAGCCGAGAAGAACUGGCAGGUGACAGCGGUCAACAUCCUGACAACAACAGAAGAGGGCUACCGCAUGCUCUUCCAGGAGCUGGAGAAGAAGAAGGAAAGGCUGGUGGUGGUGGACUGUGAAUCUGAGCGGCUGAACAUCAUCCUCAGCAAGAUCAUCAAGCUUGAAAAAAAUGGGAAUGGAUACCACUACAUCCUGGCAAAUCUGGGAUUUAUGGAUAUUGAUCUGACAAAAUUCAGGGAGAGUGGAGCCAAUGUAACUGGAUUCCAGUUGGUGAAUUACACGGAUGCUGUUCCUGCCAGGAUCAUGCAGCAGUGGAGGAAUAAUGACGCCAGGGAGCAUCCUCGUGUGGACUGGAAGAGACCAAAGUACACAUCGGCCCUUACGUACGACGGGGUCCGGGUGAUGGCUGAGGCAUUUCAGAACCUGCGGAGGCAGCGGAUCGACAUCUCCCGUCGCGGCAAUGCCGGGGACUGCCUUGCCAACCCUGCCGUGCCCUGGGGACAGGGCAUCGACAUCCAGAGAGCGCUGCAGCAGGUCCGUUUUGAAGGACUGUCUGGCAACGUUCAGUUUAAUGAGAAGGGACGCAGGACCAACUACACCCUCCAUGUGAUUGAGAUGAAACACGAUGGGAUCAGAAAGAUUGGCUAUUGGAAUGAAGAUGAAAAGUUAGUUCCAGCAGCCAUAGAUACUCAAACCGGCAAUGAGUCCACGAGUCUCCAGAACAGGACUUACAUAGUCACAACUAUCCUAGAAGACCCAUAUGUGAUGCUCAAGAAAAAUGCCAACCAGUUUGAAGGCAACGAGAGGUAUGAAGGCUACUGUGUGGAGCUUGCCGCUGAGAUUGCAAAGCAUGUUGGCUACCACUACAGGCUGGAGAUUGUCAGAGACGGGAAGUACGGAGCCCGGGACCCCGACACCAAAACGUGGAACGGCAUGGUGGGAGAACUCGUAUACGGGAGAGCUGAUGUGGCUGUGGCACCACUAACCAUCACUCUGGUUCGAGAAGAAGUUAUAGACUUUUCCAAACCAUUUAUGAGUUUAGGUAUCUCAAUCAUGAUAAAAAAACCUCAGAAGUCCAAACCAGGAGUGUUUUCCUUUCUGGAUCCUUUGGCUUACGAAAUAUGGAUGUGCAUUGUUUUUGCCUACAUUGGAGUGAGUGUUGUCCUCUUCUUGGUGAGCCGCUUCAGCCCUUACGAGUGGCACACAGAGGAAUUUGAGGAAGGAAGGGACCAGCCAGCCAAUGAUCAGACGAAUGAGUUUGGGAUAUUCAACAGUCUCUGGUUCUCCCUGGGAGCUUUCAUGCAGCAAGGAUGUGAUAUUUCUCCAAGGUCUCUCUCCGGCCGCAUAGUCGGUGGCGUCUGGUGGUUCUUCACCUUGAUCAUCAUAUCCUCCUACACAGCUAACCUGGCUGCCUUCCUCACGGUGGAAAGGAUGGUUUCUCCCAUCGAGAGUGCCGAGGACUUGGCCAAGCAGACGGAAAUCGCCUAUGGGACCCUGGAAGCUGGUUCCACUAAAGAGUUUUUUAGGCGAUCCAAAAUAGCAGUGUUUGAGAAGAUGUGGACAUACAUGAAGUCAGCCGAACCCUCUGUUUUUGUGAGGACGACGGAAGAGGGAAUGAUCCGGGUGAGGAAGUCGAAAGGGAAGUAUGCCUACCUCUUGGAGUCCACCAUGAACGAGUACAUCGAGCAGCGGAAGCCCUGUGACACCAUGAAGGUGGGAGGUAACUUGGACUCCAAAGGCUAUGGCAUUGCAACGCCAAAGGGGUCUGCACUGAGAAACCCAGUAAACCUGGCAGUGUUAAAACUGAACGAGCAGGGGCUUUUGGACAAAUUGAAAAACAAAUGGUGGUACGACAAGGGCGAGUGCGGCAGCGGGGGAGGUGAUUCCAAGGACAAGACGAGUGCUCUGAGUCUCAGCAAUGUGGCGGGGGUUUUCUAUAUCCUCAUCGGUGGGCUCGGACUAGCCAUGCUGGUUGCCUUAAUCGAGUUUUGUUACAAGUCCAGAAGUGAAUCAAAGCGGAUGAAGGGUUUUUGUUUAAUCCCACAGCAAUCAAUCAACGAAGCCAUACGGACAUCAACCCUUCCCAGGCCGGCUGCAGCAGGAGGCAGUGGAGAAAACGGACGUGUGGUCAGCCACGAUUUCCCCAAAUCCAUGCAGACGAUCCCGUGCAUGAGCCACAGCACCGGCAUGUCCCUGGGAGCUACGGGAUUAUAAUUGGCCUUUUGACCCAUUGCCUGGGUGAGAGCAGGGGCAGCCCAACUCCACCCCCUCCAGAGCCAAAACCAAACCCAACACCAACAAGACAAAUGAUGAUGACAGAAGGGACAAUUG